AUGUCCCUCUCCAAGCAUGCGAAGACGUACUUGGCGAACCAGUCGAAGUACAGACACUUCAACGCGUUUAAUUCCCUCGUCGAAGCGUCCAUCUCCCAAAGCAGCGAUGCCUCCAAAUCCCGUACCCUCCGCCGCCAACCCGACAGCGUCGCCGACAAGCCAAUCGCAAUAAAGGACAACAUCUGCACGAAGAACCUAAAGACUACUGCUUCCUCCGGGAUACUCAAAGACUUUAGCAGCCCAUAUGACGCCACGGUGGUGAGGCUGCUCCAAGAUGAAGGUGCCGUAGUGGUAGGCAAGACGAACAUGGACGAAUUCGGCAUGGGAUCGCACUCGACACAUUCACACUUCGGACCAGUGAAGAUGCAGAGAUACAAAGGAGAGGAUGCAAGUGCGGGUGGAAGCUCAGGUGGAAGCGCGCUUGCUGUCGCGUCGUCGCAAUGUUGGGCCUACGGACUGCUGUCGAGAUGGGGCGUGAUUGCCUAUGCGAACUCUCUGGAUACUGUCGGGAUCUUUGGCAAGAACGUGGCGAGUGUGAAGAGCAUUUUCUCCAAGGUCAACAUCCACGAUGCGCAGGAUCCGACGUCCGUUCCCAACACAACCCGAGCAAAAUUCCGUACAGGGAAGCGACCAACUUCGUUGAAGAUAGGCAUUCCUCUUGAUUACAACAUCGACACAUUGCAGCCCGCUGUCCGAAAGGCAUGGAUUGACCAACUCAGACAUCUGUGGAAUGCUGGUCAUACUUUGCACCCUAUUCGGUUACCCACAACACAACAAGCACUAUCAGCCUACUACGUCCUUGCGCCAGCCGAGGCAUCGAGCAACCUCGCAAAGUACGAUGGUGUGCGUUUCGGAAGUAGAGCCGAGGGCAUCGAUGGUACACCAGAAAGUGUGCUCUUUGCUAAAACCCGGGGUCAAGGUUUCGGUCCGGAGGUUCAGCGGCGUAUACUCCUUGGAGCCUUUUCACUAAGCGCCCAGGCUAUCGACAACUACUUCAUACAAGCACAAAAGAUUCGGAGGCUCGUACAACAAGAUUUCAACAGGGUGUUUGUCAGUCCAAACCCGUUGCUCGAUGCCGAAGAAACCGUGGCAGAAACAGAAGGAGUGGACGUGAUCAUAUGCCCCACAGCUCGAUCAACGGCACCGUCUUUGGCUGAAGUCGAGAAUCAGGAUCCAGUGCACUCAUACAUGAACGAUGUCUUCACCGUACCAGCUAGUCUUGCCGGGCUGCCAGCAAUUUCUCUUCCCACAUUUACUCCUUACAAGGAAAAGAGCCAGAGUUCGACGGUCCCGGAUUCAUUCUUCAACACUGUAGGACUGCAGAUCAUUGGUCAAUACGGAGACGAUGAACUCGUUCUGUAUACUGCAGAACAGAUGGAGAUUUUCAGAAGUACUCCGCAGCCCAAUGGCAGACCGGAAAUAACCGCAUGGGGCGGUGGUCUUGAAUGGCUUGUGGACGAAUUCCUUCAAGCGCUAGGGCCCAGACGUCUUGACGCCGGUGCUGCUAUGUGUGAGAUGAGCCGGACAGCGUAUGUGGCCACUUUCGCUGAUAAGAAGAAUCCGCUUGCUGCUGAGAGGAAACACUCCAUAUUACGUAUGCUCUCGCCUCACUCCAAAGGCAACGCAUGCCUGAUCCACCUCACUUACGCCGUCAAUCUCACAAGUCUCGCGCUCAACAUGAGCGUCACCUUCCUUGUGCGGUCCUUUGAGGAUGUCAAGUCCGAACGUAUCAAGGGGCGCGGUCGAUGUACCGCUGGCAAGACUACCAUAUCAUUGUAUGGGCUUGGUGACAAGACAUGUGGAGCCGUCUUCUGCCUUGGAGGCUUGCUAGAAGAUCCUAGUCACCUGGUAUGUGCGACAAAGUCUGAGCGAACCGCGGCUGCCGCUCUUAUGUUAAUAUGCUAUCGCUUUUCAAGAGUUGUUGGGACCGGGUGGGUGUUUGGUAUGGAGUCCACUGGUGUUAGGGGGAUGACAUACUUAGCAGCUACAACUCACCAUGUACCGCCGCAGCCGCCAUCAACUCCCGAGGUCACACGCCAACGGAUUGGAAACUACGUCACAUCUGGGGAGUGA